AUGCUCUCGAACCCCAGCGAGGAUCUCGGCGACAUUGCCACUUCUCACGCCACCGCCGAGGAUGACCUCAAUCCCGUCAAUCCCAUUUUCUGCUCCCCUACUCCCCACUGCCCCUUGCGCCUGUGCGCUUCUCGAAAGCUGCACGAUUGCCGGGAGAUUACCGUUGCUAAUGUUGUCCACGGCAUUGCCUACACCGCCGGACGUGAGGAUGCCCGAGAACCCCAGAUCUUUGAGUUUGUGCAGGAGCUGAGCGCCAUCUUUGUCGAGUUCGUAGCGGCACAGGCGCUCCUCGACGAAGUCCACGAAACUCUCCCCAACGAACCAAGCGACAACAACAAAUAUGUGCUCGGACGUAUGGGCCGCUUCAACGUUGCGAUAGCUUGUCUGGGUCCCAUGGGCAUGAACAGUGCCGCAGCCGUCUCGAACAACAUGGUACGGACCUUCCCGUCGAUGCGACUACAGCUUGUCGUUGGCGUUGCUGGCGGGGUACCGACGCUCAAGAACGAUAUCCGGCUUGGUGAUGUCGUCUUCGGUUCAAAGGUGGUCCAGUACGACCUCGGCAAGACCGUCCGCAACGAGGAAUUCCAGAGCACAGCGACCGUCUACACACCACCGAAUAGAAUCCAGAUAGUCCUGAAUGCCCUUAGAGCAGAAUACGCUCUGAGGGGGAAUCAAGUCUCUGCGAUGCUUGACGACAUGCUCGACCGCAAUCCACGCAUGGCCAAGUACGCGACAUGUAAUCACUUGGACGACGAUCUCUACGAAAAUGAUUACGAACAUCCCGAUGAUCGCGUCGACCGUACACCACGGAUACAUUUCGGAGCCAUCACCUCUGGAAAUCGAGUUGUCAAGAAUGCGCUGCGCCGCGACGAACUCGGACAACGAUAUAAUGCCCUCUGUCUUGAGAUGGAAGGUGCUGCUUUGCAGGGAAACGACCUUCCCUUCCUCGUGAUUCGGGGCAUCUGCGACUACGCCGACUCGCACAAGAACAAACAAUGGCAACCCUAUGCUGCGGCAGUUGCUGCGGCUUGCGCCAAAGAGUUUGUGUCAUUCCUACAGCCAGAUUUGAAUUCUAAGCCCAAGCAGUCGCCCGCACUCAGCCAGUGUCUGCCAGAGACAAACCUGGAUGAGCAGAAAAAAAAGCUCCAGAAGCUCAUGAAGUCUCUAAGUUUCGAACAGAUCGAUGCCCGGCAAGCAAAUAUCAAAAUUGCCCAUGCCAGAACCUGCAAAUGGUUGCUCGAGAAGAAAGAGUUCCAGGAAUGGCUGUAUGACGACAGUCUUGACAGAGGUCGUCGCUUACUGUGGAUCAAAGGAAAGCCCGGUGCAGGCAAGUCAACGAUCAUGAAGUUUGCUCUCAACCAUUUCUACCAGCAGAAGAACAAGAAGCAGCAAGUUGUGAUUUCGUUCUUCUUCAACGCGCGAGGAGAUCAGAUGGAAAAGACUGUACAGGGAAUGUAUCAGUCAUUGGUCUUGCAACUUCUCACUCAACGACCACAUUUGAGAUCCAUCUUGGAGUCUAUGCAGACCAGAGGAACACCAACGACCUGGACCGUUGUGGUCUUGCAGCAACUGCUUUGUCAGGCUAUCCAGAUGCUUGAACAGGACACCCUUGUAUGCUUCAUCGACGCGCUGGACGAGUGCCAUCCGGAUGAAAUCCGAGACAUGGUACAUUUUUUCGAAGAUCUUGGGAAUAUCGACAUCAACCCAGGGCUGGUACUACAUGUCUGCUUCGCUAGUAGGCACUACCCUCAUAUCACGGUUCGAGGGGCGCUCGAACUAAUCCUCGACGGUCAAGAGGGACACGAACAGGACAUUUCCGACUAUAUCAAGGAUAAGCUUAAUAUCGGUACAGGCAAGACCGUUCAGGAUAUCUCUAGCCAAAUUCAAGCAAAGGCUGGCAGUGUUUUCAUGUGGGUAGUCCUGGUUGUCAAGAUUCUGAACGAACAAUCCGAUUCAGGCCUUCAUCCUGCAGCACUGCGAAAAGAACUUGACAGGAUCCCCCAAGAUCUGCAUGCACUAUUCCGAGACAUCUUGCAACGGGACACAAAAAACCGCAGCAAUCUUCUGUUAUGUAUCCAGUGGGUGCUAUUCGCUCAACGGCCACUUACGCCCGAGGAGACAUAUCUGGCGAUACACUCAGGUUUGGGUGCCACAGAUAUAAUAUCUUCAAAAUGGGAUACUGAAGAGAUCACACAAGAAAGACUCCGUUUAUUUCUACUCUCUUCUUCUAAGGGUCUCGUGGAGAUCACGAAAACUGCGAAGCCAACAGUACAAUUCAUACACGAGUCGGUCAGCGAUUUUCUUCGUGAAGGAGAUGGCCUGCGCGAUGUGUGGCCGGACAUAGGCCCACGUUUCGAAGCGCUGAGCCACGAUGCGCUCAAGUCCUGUUGUUUGCACUACCUCAUCAGUGUGCACAAAACAUCUGUCCUUUCGAAAUACUCAAUGAGGCUUCAUAGGAUCUUUCGCAAAUGGCUCACAGAAAGACACCCACUUAUAAGUUACGCUGUAGACAACGUACUCUGGCAUGCUGAGCAAGCCCAGUCAUCUGGUCUUACGCAGAAUGACUUUGUGCGCAGCUUCAGAAAACAAGUCCAGCGAUGGAAGGAGCUUUGCAACGCCACCACAGAGGAGUACCAGAUUCGUCAGUACUUCUCGGAUGUCAGCCUACUUUACCUCUUCGCAGAGAGAGAUCUUGCAAACCUUGUUGGCUUAUUGCCAUAUCGCUCGUCCUGCUUGAUCGCUGAGCAGGCACGUUAUGGUUCUCCUCUCCUUGCAGCCCUUGCAACACAAAGCUUCCAGGUCGUACGUCUUUUUCUCGAUGCUUUCCGGGCCAGUGGCAGAACGCCAUUAUCCCUUGCAGCAGAGAUUGGGAACCUCUUAAUCGCGCACCUUCUGAUCGAGAGUGGCGCGACACUUGACCUCGCGGAUCAUAAUGGCAGAACGCCAUUGUCCUUUGCGGUGGCGAGAGGGGUCUCGUCAAUCGCCCGGCUCCUGAUCGAGUCUGGGGCGAGGCUUGACCUCGCGGAUCAUAAUGGCAGAACGCCAUUGUCCCUGGCAGCAGGGAGUGGGGACUCCUUAAUCAUGCAACAUCUGAUCGAGGGUGGCGCGUCACUUGACCUCGCGGAUCACAAUGGCAGAACGCCGUUGUCCUUCGCAGCAGAGAUUGUGGACGUCGGAAUCGUGCAGCUUCUGCUUCGCUACGGGGUGCUGGAUCUUGAAAACGUGAUUCUGAAGACACUUCUAGAACACGGCGCGACCGUGGACGCUAGAUCUCACGAGGGCCGAACGCCAUUAAGCAUUUUGGCACGUUGUUGUCACAGCUCGGACUUGUCGAUAGUGGAAGCAAUGAUCGAGCACGGGGCCGCGGUUGAUUCUCAGGACGCUGAGAACAUGACGCCACUUGACUAUGCAGCUGCGAACUCAAACGUCGCUGGCUUACGAGAUCGUCUCUUGUCGAUAGUUGCAGAGGUUGCUGCAAGACGCUCAAAGUGUAGUGAGAACCAAGGGCAGUGA